AUGACCAUGUUGGACGUAGAAUACGACAGCUUUCACGUCACAGAUGGGAGUAGCCGUGAAGGCUACUCCCAUUUGAGUGACUCAGAAUGGGAGGUAGUCGGACGCAUGAGUGUGCUCAUGGGCGAACCCACCAUCAGUGACAUGUUGGAGUUUUAA